GGAAUGCAUCCUGCACCAUCCAUCCUGCCAUUCAUUUUUGCCUACUUCAGUUGCUUGACUCAAUAGGGUUGGUACCCAUCUUGUUCACAAUAGAUACGUGCUGAGUGUCAACCCUGGAUGAUAUGCCAGUUGCCCACACGGUGUUCCAAACCCCUCAAACUCAGUCCUGCAUUUCUGCAUCCUGUGCUAUGUUUGGCCAUGAAGGACCCACUUCUCAUUCCUCAGCUAGCCCUCUUGUGGCUGCUGCUACUUCUUGAUCCAAUGUUAGCCGUGAAGGACUACUAUGAUAUUCUCGGCAUGUCCCCAUCUGCCACUGGCCAGCAAAUCAAAAAAGCCUUCCACAGACUUGCAAUGAAGUACCAUCCAGAUAAGAACAGAAGUCCCGGUGCAGAAAGAAAGUUUAGGGAAAUUGCAGAAGCUUAUGAAGUUCUUUCCAACGAAGCCAAGAGACAAGAGUAUGAUGAUCUGGGGCACCAGGGUUUCGUGCACGUCGACAGAGACAUGGACGUUGACAUGCAGUUCUUCACGUUCGUUUUUAAUGACCUCCACCAGCAUUAUGACUUUGACACCGAUGGUUUCUACCCUGAGGAGGAAGUCCAACUGAAUUGGGAAUUUCUUGCACAACCUGAGGGUGUGGAGGAUGAGGAAUUCCUUGGCGAGUCUUUGGAGGAGGAGGAUGAUCGAGGCUCUUUUUAUGUGUUUGGGAAAGAGUUUGACGACUUGGCAGCCGAGUUUGUUUGAAAUGCAGUAGGGUAUGUUCUGAAAGUGAAACUUGUGGAGACAACUCUGUGGUUGGUUAGCACUUGUACAAGCCAUGAGGGUGAGUAGCAGGGUGCUGGAGAGAUCGGCUCCUGUGGUGGUUGGAUGAGUUAAAAUAAACCACACUGGUGGAAGAA